AUGAAUGGGGUGUCUAUGGAUGCAAUCAAGCUGCGAAUGUUCCCAUUUUCGUUGAGGGAUCAAGCUCUGAGUUGGCUCAAUUCCUUCGGGCCAAAUCAUUUCAACACAUGGGACCAACUGUACAAAUCUUUCAUGCAAGAAUACUAUCCACCCUCCAAGGCUGCAAAAUUGAAGAAGCAAAUCCAGAAUUUCCAGCAAUUCGGAAGUGAAAAUCUGUACGAGGCAUGGAAGAGGUUCAAGGAUCUCAGGAGGCAGUGUCCUAGGAAUCUCCUAUCUCCUUGGGAUUUCAUUUCAUCUUUUUACGAAGGAUUGCUGGACAACUACAAGACAGUGUUGGAUACUUCUUCUAUGGGGGGAGUGUUUCUUGAUAUGACGCCCGAUCAUGGAGAGCAGCUGAUAGAAAGAAUCACAGCCAACACUGCGUAUUGGUACAAUGAAAGAGUCGAGCAACCAAGGAAAGAAAAAGCAGUAGGUAUGUUUGAAGUGGAUGAGAAGGUUGCCAUGCAAGCCCAACUGGAUUCGAUCCAACACAUGUUGAAAGAAAUGGUGUUGAAUAAGAAGGCGAAUGCUCACCACAACUCUUAUUCAACUGUAGAGCAAGUUGACAUGAUUGGAUACCAAAGACCUCAAGGCCAAGCGCAAUGGAGGAAUCAAGUCAAUCCUUCUUGGAGCAAUCAAGGUUUUCAAGGGAGAAAUCCACCUCCUGGUUUUCAAGGCAACCAAGGCUUUAGAGGUGGAUAUCAAGGCAACCAGCAAUGGAGAGGAAAUCAAGGACAUGGUACGAGCCAAGCAAAUACUCAGAAUCAGCAAGGGUUUUCACAAUCAUCUCAAGAUCCGGAUAUGAAAACCUUCAUGAACAUGAUUAUGACACAAAUGAGUAAAUUGCAAACCGAAGUUGAAGGUCUUCGAGCUCAACAACAAGGAGGAGGUGCCCAAGCUUCUACCCAACCUUCAUUUAAUGGUAAACUUCCAGCAAGCACUGAAAAUCCUAGGAAUCAAGUCAAUGCUGUUGUAACUAGAAGCGGGAAGUCUUUGACUGAUCCACCCUUUCCAGACGAUAACAUUGCUCUUGAAGAUGAAGGGAAAGAAAAAGAACUUCUACCACAAAAAAGAGAUCCUGAAGGACUAGUGCAGACAAAGGAGGAUACUAGCCAAGGUAAAAAGAACAAGGGCAAGCAAAUUAAUGAUUCAGUGAUUCCUUGCAACUUAUUGCCAUUUCCACAAAGGUUGUGGAAGUCCAAAGAAAUCGAGAGGGAGAACAAAUUCAAAAUGAUGCUUGACAAGUUGGAGAUAUCUAUGCCUUUUGUGGAUGCUGUUACUCAAAUACCAUCAUACAAGAAAUUCUUGAAGGAUAUUUUGAGUAAUAAAAAGAAGCUGGAGAAGAGUGCAGUGAUAGAUCUUAGUGAGGGAGCAUUGGCAUGCGCUGCAAUACAAAAGAAUCUACCACCGAAGUUGAAGGAUCCUGGAAGUUUUGCUAUUCCAUGUAUCGUUGGAGGAUUUGUUGUGGGUCGUGCUCUAUGUGAUCUCGGAGCUAGUGUGAGCCUCAUGCCUUACUCCCUUUGCAAGAGGCUUAACCUUGGAGAGCCGAAACCCACUACCAUGACACUUCAAAUGGCGGAUCGCUCAAUAAAGCGCCCAGUGGGAGUAUUAGAAGACAUCCCAGUAAUGAUCGAUCAAUACUAUAUCCCGGGAGAUUUUGUGAUUCUUGACAUUGAGGAAGAUGCCAAGGUACCCAUAAUCCUUGGUAGACCAUUUCUAGCCACAGCUGGGGCGAUCAUUGAUGUAAAAAGGGGGAAGUUUGUUAUGGAAGUGGCCGAUCACAAGAUUGAAUUUGAUAUAUUCAAAAUGGCCAAACACCAACCAACUUACAUUGAUGAAUGCAAUAUGGUGGAAAUUUGUGAGAGAAAUGAGGACUCAGGAGCCUUCUCGGUCCGGUCUGCCUAUGAGUUAACAAAGGAAUGCUCCACAGCGCCCGAAGCAGCUAAAUCGAAUGCAAUUUGGAAGCUCAAGGUACCUAAUCGAGUUCGAAUGUUCUUAUGGCAAACCUGGCAUGAGAGAUUGAUGACCAACAGCAUGAGAGUGAAAAGAAAUUUGGCGGCCUCUGAUCAAUGUUGGAAUUGCAUUGGCAGCACAGAAGAUGCCGACCAUGCCCUACGCAAAUGCCCAGUGGCUGAUGAGGUAUGGAAGUUAGUACUCCCUCAAAUGCACAUGAAUUCCAGAAACUUACCAUUCCGAGACUGGUUAGAUCAAGGAUUGGCUCAUAAGGGCAAUGGUCAUAGGUCUCAAUAG